GGUGCUAAUAGGACUCAGAUCAGCAGGGUCGCAAAGCUGGCAGCUGGUCAUGUGACCACUAGAAAGCAGGAAGCACGCGGUUUGCAGCAGCCUCUCCUGAGCCUUCGUCCUUGCACCUGGUGUGGUCGUCUGUGCUCAAGUGUGGCUCGCUGUCGUGCACGCAUUGAUUUAUUGAUCGGUAGUCAUGAAGCUCAUAGCGUCUGUCCUGCUUGCGGCCUUAGUCACCACCUCCCUGGCCCUGGAGAAUGGGCUCAUGAGGACGCCUCCAAUGGGGUGGCUUGCAUGGGAACGAUUCCGUUGCAAUAUUGAUUGCAAGACUGAUCCACAGAACUGCAUCAGUGAAAAACUCUUCAUGGACAUGGCGGAUCGUCUGGCAGCAGACGGCUGGAGGGAGCUGGGUUACGUGUAUGUCAAUAUAGACGAUUGCUGGAUGGCAAAAGAGCGAGAUUCAACAGGGCAGCUGAUUCCGGAUCCUGAAAGGUUCCCUAGCGGCAUCAAAGCCUUAGCAGAUUAUUUGCAUGCCCGGGGCCUGAAGCUCGGCAUCUACGGUGACUUAGGCACCCAUACUUGUGAAGGGUAUCCUGGCACAACGCUGGACCAGAUUGAACAAGAUGCCUCGACAUUUGCCCAGUGGGGAGUGGAUAUGCUGAAGCUGGAUGGCUGCUAUUCUUCAGCAUUACAGCAGGCUAAAGGUUAUCCUAGAAUGUCCAGUGCUCUGAACGCAACAGGCCGCCCAAUCGCCUAUUCCUGUAGCUGGCCAGCCUAUCAAGGGGGACUUCCGCCCAAGGUGAACUACACACUCCUGGCAAACAUAUGUAAUCUCUGGCGAAACUAUGGUGAUAUACAAGACUCUUGGGAGAGUGUCCUCUCCAUAGUGGAUUGGUUCUCGGCCAAUCAGGAUGUACUUCAGCCAGUGUCUGGCCCUAGCCAUUGGAACGACCCAGACAUGCUAAUCAUUGGAAACUUUGGCCUCAGCUAUGAACAGUCCUGCUCCCAAAUGGCCUUAUGGACUGUGAUGGCUGCUCCCCUUUUCAUGUCCACGGACCUCCGCACCAUUUCUGAGCAAGCACGAGAAAUUCUACAGAACAAAUUGAUGAUCAAAAUUAACCAAGAUCCCCUGGGAAUUCAAGGACGCAGAAUCCUUCAGGAGAAAUCUCGCAUAGAGGUGUUCCUGCGCCCCCUUUCCCAGUCAGCCAACGCUCUGGUUUUCUUCAGUCGGAGGACAGACAUGCCAUAUCGCUACACCGCGUCCCUGGCCCACUUCAAUUUUACCCAGAAUGCUGUGUAUGAGGCACAGGAUGUGUACAGUGGUCAAAUUAUCACUGGCUUGAAGGCUGCCGAUAACUUCACAGUGGUCAUUAACCCCUCUGGAGUAGUCAUGUGGUUUGUCUACCCAACAACAUACCUCGGCCAGCCUUCCAGCUUUGUGAAGCAGCUGCCUGAAGCCAGGAAGUUCCAUCCUUCUGCCAUGUGAUGCCAAAAGGCCAAUUGCUAGCUGCUACGAUUUCUCAGCGAGUCAGGCCAGGUGCGAAAGUGUUUCACCUUGUAUUGCUGAUGGCACCUCAAAGUGGGGUAAGUGGGUGGGGUCAGAAGGGGAAUUUACACAUGCAGUGUAAAAACUGAGACAAUGCACCAUCUACCUCCAAGGUGCUACUGCCUGAUUCUAUAGAUCCACUUGGAAAUUAAGUCCUUACUCGCAUCACAGAGUUGCAGCCUUAAUGGUAGCCAAAUGCUUUGACAUCACUGGAAAUUUAAGUUUAGAUCAUCUUAAAACAGUAUAUGGAAAUUUAAGAUAUUCAUAUGUCAGUGAAAACUAACUUGCCUGGGAUUUUCCAAAAUUGGUCUGAAAAAAAUCUGAUUAAGCUUCAAAUUAACCAUUUUCUUCUUUCUUUUCUCCUCCAUGCUGCAAGUAUUUUACCUGUUGUAGUAUCCGAGGCAGUUAGGUUUCAUAGUGCGGCACAUGGAGAGACACCCAAACACUCUUAUCUGCAUCCAAGACUUACUAGAAUCCACAACAGCAAUUCACAUCUUUGAAUGUAUAGUUGUAGACACCACUCUUAUGAUCCUUUCUGCAUGCUGAGAGUACCAAUUGUGAAAGCUAGCAUUUCAGGUCACAGGGAUGUAGUUAAGUCUUUUCCUUGACAUGCUAGCAUAUCAGCAAGGCAACUUAUGGAAACAGUCAAAAUAGGCUUGCAUGCAUUCAGGAAGGAUGUAUCACAUUGCUGAAUGUAGUUUUGGGUUUUAGGAAUAUCAGUGCCCUUCUAUUUCAGACAACAGAUCCAUCUGGUUCAACCUCCUGGAAGCAAAGGCAACGCACCUCCUCUGUUCCUCCCCCUGCCC